UGUAAACAGUGUUGUAACUUUUCAUGUGACACACACAGCCUCCCCAGCCUGUGUUUCGAUAGGUGCGUUAUUGAAAACAUACAAGAAAGUGGACGAAAUAAAUCUAACCUUUUCGAGACUGACGGUAAAUGUAGCAGCCAGUGACAGUGUCGGUCCAAAAGAUUUUCAGGGAGGGGGAACAACCCCUGCGCAGGGGGAAUAUGUUAUGACCUUUGUUCAAAAUUGUUUAAUCAAAAGCGGGAGGGUUGCGACCUCCGUAACCCCCUUUAGACCCAACGCGGAGUGACUGCAGGGGAAAUAACCCUGUCAGACUUAUACAACCCAAUGGCAAUGUAGAAAGUUGAAAUGGCAGGUCAAUUAGGCUAGGUGUCGAAAUUGAUUCAAGAAUCUCCAUCCAUUGCACUUUCUAACACAAGAGGCCCCACCACCCCCUCCAUACUCAAUCCCAAUGUACUUGAAAUGUUGUGAUUUUUUAGUUGAUCUCUUUUUCGACAAAAUAAAACAUAUCAAAGUGUCCGCAUCGCUUUUAGAAUUUAAUGUACACAUCAUUUACUUCUCUGAGUACAUUGAUCCAGACAAAACCCUUGAGUAUUAAAUAUCUGUUAAGUACGUGAACAAGAGCUAUAAUUCACUCUUAGCUAUUUUUUGCUUAUUAACUUAUUCAGGGAAUACAUUUCGCAAAAUUAAAGCUUUUUUGUACUAUAGGAGUGCGAUUGCGAACUUUUUAUUGAAAACGGGGUUGCUUAAAAUAACCUUUCUUGCGUGUUUUUUUUUUUCCCCAACCAAAGAGAGAUUGCAAUUUUUCUCACGCACAAAAGCAUAGUUUUAAACUCGCUGGUUGAAAUUUAAUUUUGCUAAGGUUAGGCUUGAUUUUUCAUUCUUUGUAAGUUUGAUUAGAUUUAAAAGGCAGUAAAAGAGGAUGGGUUGACUGGUUGACACGGAGACUUUUAAUGAUAGAUGUGUAGUUCACCAAGAGAACAUAGGACGUCUUCUUUGUAAUUAGUAAUAGUAAUUGUAGUAUAAUUAGAUGUCAAGACUUCAUGGAUUCCACUGUGUGGGAUGAAGAGUGCUCUUAGUCUCUGUUACGUAACAAAAUUAAAUUAAAAGCACAAGCUUCCUCCUAUGUUUAUAUUGAAGGUCACUUGAUCUCAGUCCGUUGUUGUUUCGUGUUUUAUACAUACAACCAUGCUACGGCAACAAAUGAAACGCUUCUUAUCUGAUUUCGGUCUUCACAUUUAGCGAUCCUCGCUGUCUAGAGUCCUUGAAUUUGAAUGACUUGUCGGUGGCAUUAGAUUGUCUUAUACCUAAAUAACAUUAAUGAUAUAAUUGUGGAAGUAAUGCAUUCAUGCAUAACUUUGACGAUAUUUCCUUCAUAACACGCGUUGAGGGCCGAUUUUCAUUGUGGUCUCAUGUAUCGGUUUUAGUUUCAGUUUACAAGGAUACAGGAUGUGUAAUUGACGGUGGACGGGGCCCAUCUGUUACACGGGUAUUUGGGGUAUAGACAUCAAUAACUGUACUUAUAGGUAUGGACGGUCACCUAGUCUCAAUCUUCGUGAUUCUUAGUUCCUUCGUCAAAGAGUGCCAUGGGGAUUCAUACAGUAUUACAGGACUUGUGGUAUCUUCCGCAUGCGCAGUGACACUUUUUAUCAUCGUCAUAAUCGUCGCCAUCUUCAUCACUAUGUGGGCUGAUUUCUUACAACAAUAUUACAAAAAGCGGGGAAUCCAGAAGUCGCCCAGAAUAACGGUUUUGAAAAGACGCGCUCAUAGCAACAAAGGGACGCUGUCCAAAGAACAGGAAAUCCAGCUACAAGUCCAGGCCCAGCAGAAACUCAGGCCCAGGCUUCCUAAUACCUGGAGGGCCGGCUACGAACCACCACCGUCACCAUCACCGUCACCACGACAACAAAACGGAGAUUUACCGAUACAUCUUGAAACUUACACGACGACCGGCGAUUUCCAUUUUGGUGCCGAGGAUAUUGGGGAAGAUGAGUACGCUACGGUACAAAAAUCCCCGGUUGUCAUGGAGAUCAAGGACGACAAGGAACCACAUUCUGUGCGUAAUUACGAGAGUGUCAUGAAUUUGCCAGAGGAGAGUCCCGGUAGGCCAGCUAAUCGGACUAGUCAGCACAGCCACAUAGGACUGAUAAUGUCGGGUGAAAUGGUCGAAAUCCCACUACAAGAUGAGAAAUCCACUCAUUUCUGAUAAGAUCCUGGCACAGGGACCGGUGGCUGGAGGAGACGAUCCUAUGUUAGCUGGGUCAGUGACUUGUAUCAGAAGACAUCAUUACAUGCCUAAUAUUGCCACAAUGCCGACCAGGGACUGUAUUUCUGUUUGUUCAAUUUCACUAUUUAUGCAAACAAUUUUAUUGUGAACAUGGGGAACGCGAGAAAAACGAGGAGCUGUAUUUUGCUCGUUUUGUUGACUUGCGGAAAUUAGGAAUGGCGAUCUAUAUAGCUACCAGUGGGUAGCUGUUGUGUUUUACAUCGUUCGUAUUUUUUUCUUUUUAAUUCUGUCACUAAUCUACAAACGAGGAACGGGUCAACGCUCUGUUACGCCUAUUGUACAACCUUUAACAUUCUUGUUUUUGUAAUUUGCAAUAACACUUAUGCAGCCUCUGUUCAUGUUAAUUACAGUUUUGAGAAGAAAAAUAACGUCAACAUUAUUGGUUCUUCAAUAGAAAUUAAAACAGGAUGUCGAUGUCACAUACAAAAAAAAAAGUUGGCCAAAGCCAAAAGGGGGUGGGUGGGUUAUACGCAAAAUGCUCUAAGCAGACACAUUCACACAGGCAUAAAACCCUGCAUUAGCCGUAUCAGAAGCUACUAGUAUUUACUAUACGAAGAAUGUUAAUAUUUACAAAUGCUUUCAAUUAAGAAUUACACAAUGCAUUGGAAUAAAUAUUCGAAUGAA